GCAUUUAUAACUUCACGUACGUACCUACCUAAGCUCAAAUCUUUAAAUAGCCAACCACAUCGCUCUAAUCAAACUAAAGCAUCUAACUUGCCCAACUAUUUUUUACAUAGACUCACAUCAUUCAAAUAUGUCCGGCAAAACCUAACGAAUACUAGCUAUCAGCCUCUCUCUCUCUCCUUACCUACCUGCUACCACCCACCCUCAUCCCCAACCAACCCCCCUAAAGAUGCAAAACCUCCCCAAAACAGCAACAACCCGCCUCCGCCACACCUUCACCUACUCCUCCUCCAACGACGACAACGACCCCUUCUCCUCCAGCCCCGAAGCCCUCGACGAAGAAGAGCAAGAAACCCUGAUCCGCCAGCUCGCGCAGCAAAACGACGCGCGAAACGCGCAGUUCCGCCUGCUGCUCCUCUGUCUGCCCCUGGUCUCCGCCGUGCCGUAUGUGGUCGCGCUGGCGUCGCCCAUCUUUGGUGCUGCCGAUCGCCAACAAGGGGUAGGAGGAGGAGGAGGUGGUGGUGGUGGUGGUGGUGGGGUCAAUAGUAAUAAUAAUAAUAAUGGCACAGCGCGAAUGCUAGCCCUCCUAAGCCUCACGAGCCUCGCGUCCACCGCCUGGACUCUAUGGGCGCUUCCGCCCGCCGUCACCGGGCUGCGCCGUCUGGACGCGUGGGUAGCUGGCAAGGAUAGCAAUGCCGCCGGUGGUGGUGGUGGGGUGACGGCUUCGCGCCGCAAAGACCGCACGUCCACGUUCCCGUGGGUCGAAGACCAUCGGUCGCCGUUGGAGAAGUAUCUGCCGUACCUGAACGUGGGUCUUUGCGGUGUGCUCAUCCUAGCCGGCUUCCUGUCUAGGUCGGCUGUGUCGCAGGGCCACUGGGGUCAUGUCGGCCUGAGCAACUUACCUGCUAUUGUCUACGGUGUGGUGAUACUUUCCAAGACGAUGAUGGGCAGCGUGGACCCGGAGAGGGAAUUAAGUGCUCUGCGGUACGAAUACAAGGGCGCUUGAUCGGGGGGUUGCUUGUAUCUUAUCCUCUUAUCACUUCAGCGAAAUAGAGAACCAUAGUUCUCGAGCAGAUACAUAAUUUGAAAUAAAUUCAUCAUAUUUUA